AGACUGCGGAAUUAGAUUAAAAAAACGUAAUUUUAAUGCAAGUGAAUGAAAUGGCGCCAACCACCAUCGAAGAGAAUGCUUUUGCAUUAGGAAAGCGAGAUGUACCGGAUCAGUUUCAACUGGAUCCUGAGCGUCUCUGGAAGACGCAUUGGCUCACCGAUUAUGCCCAGGACAUAUUUGUGAACAUGAAGGAGGCAGAGAUGCGUCGUCGUCCCAUAUUAUUCAACUCCAUGCAGCUGGAGGAGCGCCCCAAAUUGUUGCAGCUUUGUAUAUUCGCAGCGCAAAAGUACAAACUGAAUCGCGCCUCAGUGCAUUUGGGUAUCUACUAUAUGGAUUGUAUGACCGACUACUACACGAUUAGUAGCGAAAAACUGCCAUUGCUGGCCCUCACAUGUCUUCACAUUGCGGCCCAGAUCGAAGACAACGAUGCGAGUGUGCCGCGCUACAGCGAACUGAACUGCCUGAUACCUGAUUCGUUGUACACCGUUUUCGAAUACAUUGUGUUGGAGCGCAAGGUGCUGGCCAGCCUGAAUUUUGAGCUAAUGCGUCCCACCACGGCCAGCUUUGUGGAGUUUUUUGCUUGCAGCUUCCUCACGCGCAACGACUUCGCCCACUACAAGGCCAUGCUGGAGAACAAUCCUAGCGAGCAGAACGAUCAAUCGCCAUUGCAAUACGAAAGCUUUGCAGUCAUGAUGUCGGCCUUGUCGCAGCUGCUGCUUCGCCUGGCAGACUGUACAUUGAGCAUUACAAGUUUUGCAAACGCGCGACCUUCUUUAUUGGCCGCCGCCUGCAUAGGAGCGGUGCGUCAUCUAAGCGGACUCAAGUGCUGGUCACAGUAUCUCUCCAAACUGACAUCUUAUCCGGAACACGAGGUUGAGCCAUUGGUGGGGGAGAUCACAAAGUACUAUAACUGGCAGCAGAACAGCUCCGUGGCGCCCAAUGCCCUGCCAACAUACGUAAACAUGGGCCCAUCUUCGGCAGAUACCAUUAAUCCCAAUUGCUCCACAACGGACUCUGGCAUUGGCGAUUCGAUGGUCAUAAUGAAGGAAUCGGUGACCGUGCAGCAUGAUAACAUUACUGUGCAGUUGCAGAAACCUGCUGUUCCAGGGUCCGAUCUAGCUGGAGUUGUUCAAGAAGAGCCGCAGGAACCAGCUGACUUUUCUCAGGAAGAGCUGCAGAUAGCAGCUGUCUUUUCUCAAGGAGAGCUGCAGGAACAAACUGCCUUUUCUCAGGGAGAGCUGCAGAUAACAGCUGUCUUUUCUCUAGCAGAGCUGCAGGAACAGACUGACUUACAAUACGAAGAGCAGCAGACACAGACAACCUUAGAGCUGAAUGAAUUAGCAUUAGACUCCAAGGAAAAAGCGAAGAAAUUAGAUAGAGAAGUGGUCAUAAAAGAACUGGAACGUGCUUUCAAGCGCAAGCGUAUAGAUUAUGACUGCCAAGAUGAGCCGCAAGCGAAGCGUCUUACCGACUGACCAAUUUCCAUAUUUUGAUUCGGUAAUCAGGUUUACCGAAGACCAAAACACUCACAAGCUCAAGCGCACUGAAGAUGAUUGCUAAGCAAAUAGGUUUAUAAUUUCAUAGAAGUACCAGAAACACUUACACACUAUUCUUUAAACACAUACCCCACGCGGAUGGGUAUACUUCAAAAUCAUGCUUUUUCUCAUGCGAUAUCCCCAUUCAAUUGUAUUGAACACUCCCAUAUCGUAAUGCAUACACGAUUGAAAAGUUCCAAGGACAGGAGCGCGACAUAAUGCUGAUUUCCACUGUGCGCUUCACUGGAGAGCCCUUAUAUCCCAUAAGCGCAUGAAUUUGGCCAUAGCUCUCGCCCGCUCAUAUACGGUAGUCCCGUCUCCAUCUUCUCAGCGUUGACGACAAUUGGCGUCAUCUCAUCAACCAUAGCUUUAUUUCCAAAUGGAAUACAAAUACAUAAAUAUUAGAACGAAGAA